GAAGCGACCAGAUCGGAUUUGGCAACGGGCAAGGGCGGAUCGUGCCGGCUCGGAAGGCACACCGGGCGGGUUGCUGGCUUGCUGCGCGCACAAGCGAGGCGGCGACGAAGGGAAAACGAAUUAAGGAACAACCGCUACCUGACAUUAGAUCUCAGAUCGCCCCCCCUCCUACUCACUGGAUCCGAGGGAGCCGAUUCCGCCGCCCCCCUCCUCGAGCUGCCCCAAAGGAAUUUGUAAUAAUUACUCACGGAGCCGGGAGGUGCAUUAGAAAUCAGAGGAGCGGGACGAGGCGCACGAAAGGGGUUUGAAGGCGUGCUUUGGAGACCGCGAUCAUGGCGCUGGAUUUCCUCGCAGGCUGCGUAGGAGGUGCUGCCGGCGUGUUGGUAGGACAUCCAUUUGAUACUGUUAAGGUGGGUUGAUUUUCCACAGGCUUACUUAAUCAUAAACAUUUAGGCCGAAGAUAGCACUAGCCCUUAUGAGUAGAAAGCCUUUUUGUUUUUUAGAACUUAGAUGUUUUGGACCCAUUAAAUAAAAAUCCUCAUAGGCCAAAUCCUGGUAUAGAGAUUUUGAAUUACUGUAGAUUUUUCAGACAUACUGAAGCAUUGAAACAUCCCACAGUGAAGCCAAAUUAGCAACAGAUUAACAAGUUCCAAAUUGAUAGUCCCUCUUAAGUGCUCUGAUUAUUGGGUCUUUUUUUAAAAAAAACUCAGCAACCCAGCAGCAUCUAGCAAAAAUGCUUAUGGAAGAUGCAGAUUUUUAGGACUAAUACAAAAAGCGGGGGGGGGGGGUUGCACUGCACUUAUAGGUGCAUUGUUGCUGUUUGCUACAUUUUUUGUUUUCCUGCCCGCUUUGAGGAAACAUAAAUUUGUUAAUUAUAUUUUCCGGAUGACAGUUUGCAGCAUGAUGAAACAGUCUUGCUAAUUAACAUGCUUCCUCCCACCCUCCGGGAAAUAUUGUGAGCUCACAAAGGAAUACUUUUCUUCUUCUUUUUCUCUCCCCCCGGUCCGGGAAGCUGACAUUUAAUUCAACUCAAAAGUGGCCGAUUGUGGGUGGGAAAUGAGAUCCAAUUAGGCAUAUCACUUAAAAUCUGUGCCUGUACAGUAGUCAAAACAGGACUGGACUGGCCCAUGGAUUGGAAUGCAUGAGUCUAAGCUGGGCUGCAGUCAUUUGCACGCUUACUUGAGAGCAAGGCUCAUUGAACGCUGUGGGGCUUACUUCUGAGUACCCAUGCACAGGGUCAAGUAAAUCCAAUAAUUUCAGCUUGAGUGUGGGUUGGAGCAAGGGGUUAAGGAUCUUCUGGCUGAGGAAAUGUGCCGAUUAACAUUCAUAACCUUAAAACAUCCCAUACUUAAUAGGUGCAACAAUUAUGGAUGAAAUGUGAAGUCUGUUGGUUUGUAGCUGUAAAAUUCAGUCAUUUCAUGCAAUGGUACGCCAUUUGCUUGAGAAACCGUUUCCAUUAGAUUCCAUUGAAUUUCCGUUGAAUCCCAUUUUGUCCCAUAUGUACUAUGAUCCUUCAUAUAUUUUAUGGACAUGUUUGCAGAAUGAGAACCAAAACUCUGACUGUCUGGUUUUCUUAAUCCUCUUCACUUUUUUUUUAAAAAAAACUUAAUGGAAUUGGUCUUAAUGGAGAGGGUGAAGGCAUAUUCUGGUACCCUGAACUGAAACCUAUUUUUAUUUUUAUUUUUUAUUUUCGUAUAUUUCUAUCCCACCUUUCUUCCAUCAUGGAACUCCAGGUGGUGUCCAUGGGAUUCCUAGGCGGUCUCCCAUCCAGGCAUUGACCAGACUCAUAUCUGCUUAGCUUCAGAGUGGUGGCUACAGCAUGUGCCCUCAGACCACAACUUGGGACCAGGAAAUACAUUUGCUUGGAAGCAUGUUCCAUUGAGCGUACUUGCAAAGCAAAUGUAUUCAGGGAUGGGGUAUUAGUUAAUUAUGAUGGCAAUAUACAAAUCCCUCAGUUAACUUGCUACCAUGUUGUUGAAGGUACAAUGGCAUUACUAACAAUGCAAAGGGGAGGGAUUCUGUUUUAAGCUUGCAAUCCUAUACACACUUAUCAUGGGAGUAAGUGAAUUUAAGAGGACUUAUUUCCGAGUGGACACUUAGAAACAUAGAGUUGGAAGAUACCACAAGGGCCAUCCAGUCCAACCCCCUGCCGAGCAGGAAACACCAUCUUAAGAGAGGACACUGCAGGACGAUCCUGUCCAUGUUUAUUGGAUGUCAGUCCCAUUGGGGGACUUGCUCCCAAGAAAGUCUGCAGGGGAUUGCAAUAUUAGACUAACUUACUUUAAUCUGCUAGGUAAUAAUAACCCGGUCUUGUAAAAAGGCAGUUUAUGCAGAUCUAAAUCUCGUGUCGCUGCAUUAAGCCCUAUAAACUCUUUCCUUUGAGUCCUGUAACUUACCUGGAUGGCUAAACAUCUCUUAGCUUCUUUUAUUAUUAUUAUUUAUUUAUCUUUUAAAGCAAAUUUUCUAAAGGCCAACUUCAUUUUGAAACUAUUAAUACAUCUUGGGGGGGGGGAUCCAAAACAAAGCUUAACUUCCUCUCUGAAGCUUUUUUUUUUUUGCACAGAUAAAACAAUGUCUGGGUUUUGUGGGAACUUGGUGGGGGAGAUGCAAAAAAACAAACAAACCAUGAGAGAUGCUGAACUGAACCUGAACUAGGUCUUCUUCGAGUGGCAACUCCUUUCCUCCUCCUCCUCCUCCUCCCCAGUUUGUUGAUGUAAUGUGUACAAUUGCUUUGUUGCUUAACUGCCUUUACUUUCUGAGCUAGGGGCUGUCUUCAUUAACAGCAAAAGUGUUACUUUGUUGUAGAUGACAGAUAAGCCUCAUCACGGGAGAGUGUUACCUAGUACGCCUUCAAGUUCAAAAUGUGGAGAAGCCACUUUACCGGGGGACCUUGCACUGUUUUCAGUCCAUCAUAAAGCAAGAGACGACCUUUGGACUUUACAAAGGCAUUGGGUCACCUAUGAUGGGACUUACCUUCAUCAACGCCCUUGUGUUCGGCGUUCAAGGGAACGCACUCCGUGCUCUCGGAAAGGACACUCCAAUGAACCAGUUCCUUGCCGGUUCUGCAGCCGGCGCCAUCCAGUGCGUCAUCUGCUGCCCCAUGGAGCUGGCUAAGACGCGGAUGCAGCUGCAAGGGACGGGCGAAUAUAAGCUGAAGUCCAAGAACUACAAAAACUCCCUGGACUGCUUGGUCAAGAUCUACCGGAAGGAAGGGCUGAAAGGCAUCAACCGGGGAAUGGUCUCCACGUUCAUGAGGGAGACGCCCAGCUUUGGGUUCUACUUCCUGACAUACGACUGCCUCACCAGAUACUUGGGGUGCGAGGCGGAGGACAGUUACAUCAUCCCCAAACUGCUCUUGGCGGGAGGCAUGUCUGGGAUUGUCUCCUGGCUCUCCACGUACCCCGUCGAUGUGAUCAAGUCUCGCCUCCAAGCCGAUGGAGUCGGUGGGAUUGUGCGCUACCAGGGCAUUCUGGACUGCGUCAGGAAAAGCUACCACGCCGAAGGCUUGAGGGUGUUCACAAGAGGCCUCACCUCCACGCUGCUUCGAGCUUUCCCCGUGAAUGCUGCUACUUUUGCCACAGUCACUGUGUUCCUUAUGUACAUGAGGUCGGAGGAGAACCAGAUCCGAGGCGAUCUAAGUGGGUGCGAGGCUGGCCCGGCGAUCCAACAGCCUUCAAGCUUUUAGAUUCCCGAAGGGAAGCAAUUGAUCUUCUUUUUAUUUUCUUUUUAUUUUACCUUUCUUCUUUUUUAAAAAGAAUAUCUGGAUGUAGAAACUGUAAAUUUCUGUCUGUAUAAAGCAUCCUUUUAUCGUUACUUAGGAUUUCACCUCCUUUAUGAAAGCAGCAGAUCUGUUCUAGAAAUCCAGGUAAUAGGAGGACUUGCUAUAUAUAUAUAAACAUUGUCUUGAAGAAGAAGAAGAAGAAGAAUAGACCUCAUCCUCCCUUCCAGCAGUUCAUUAUUUGGCACAUGGCCUAGCUGCUGCUACAAACCUCAUAAAAGACCCCCAGCCUACCCUAUACCCAUUCAAGAUUGACAUAAGCCCCUAUGCAAGCAUUCUCCAUGCAUAAAUGGUGGAGAAGGGGCAGGGAGCAGCACUGGGGCCCUGAUCCUGUGCAGCACGUUAUGCUUGCACAGUUGAAUGUUGUUAGGUUCCCUUUGCAGACAAUGGCGCCACACAUGUUUGGAUGACAAGGCAUCUGGCGCACAUUGUAGCAGGGUAGGUUCUCUUUCCCGUACGUGUUUGUGCUUGAAUAGAGAUGUGGGCCUUAUUCAGGCAUUUGCCUGGAAGCGUGUGGGAUAAAACAGAGGCGGGGGUGUGUGCACGCGCGCAAGGGCAAGCACACAAAACUCCCACCCUGAAUGUCUCAAUGCACUGGCUCCAUUUCUGACCUUCCCAUUUUGAGAGAGAUGUGGAGAGGAAUUGCUAAGUGCAUUAGGAAACCUCGUCGAGAGGUUGCCAUAUUUCAAAAACUGAAAGUCCAGCUUUUUAAAAGAGUUUUGCCCAGAGUUGUUGAUGUUUUUGAGCUAUUUUUUAAAAGGAAAAUCUGCAAUAAAAAAACCCCGACACUGCCGACAUGGGUUGCCAUAUGUCCAGGUUUUUCUGGACAUUUUUGCUGAUUUCCACCCGGACACUGCUUCUGAUUGCAGUAUUCCGGCUUGUUGUUGUUGUCGUUUAGUCGUGUCCGACUCUUCGUGACCCCAUGUAUUCCGGCUAUGUCCGGGAAAUUCCGGACCUAUGGCAACUCUAAUGCUCACCCAAGCAGUUUUAAUCCCCUGCCCUCACAGCAGGAAAAGAGAGAUGAAUCCAGAUAUGCUGGAAAACCUGGCUUCAGGUAGCGCUAAAGCCAUUGCCUAAUCACCCCUUUGUUAGGCAGAAUCCCACCAGCAAUAUUCAGUGACUGGGAAUCAGGGAACCAGUGUCCCUGCACCAGUGGUUUUCAACCAGAGUGCCGUGGCACCCUGGGGUGCCUUGAAUGUGCCGUGUGCAAUACUGGCCUCUGACUCUUUCCUUCCAUCCCUUCUCACGUCUCUGCCUCCCAAAGGCUUGGCCAGCUGUUUGUUGCAGCAGCCCUGGCUAUAAGCUCCCCAAGCAAAUGGUGCCUCUGGGGCAGGCCGAGGGGUGCUUCCCAGCCCCCUGUGGGGCAGUGUGAGGAGGCACCUCUCUUUGGGGCGGAGGGGGGAUGCUCAGAGACUAGGGGUGGCAGCAGUGGCUGCCCAGAGGACUUCCAAGGAGAGGGGAGAGGAGAGGAAGCUGUUUCAAAAGGAAUGAGAGGCUUGCCAGCUCUGCAGCCAAGGGGGUGAUGUAACUGGGCUCCUGAGUCCCCCAGGGGAGCCCCAGAAAGAAUGUAGUUGGUCAAGGGAGCCGUGGACUCAAAAAGGUUGAAAACCUCUGGCCUACACUAUUUGAAGGCCUGCAGGUGCCUGUCCCCGACUCUUCUUGCCAUGAGAAAUUCAGUAAACAGUACAUGCCUGAGCAUUUACGGUUCUUGCUAUCAAGGCUGAUGCAUUAGUGGAAAUCUUGCUUUUUCUCUUGAUGGGUUGUGAAGUUUCUUAGCUGGGUUCCUGCUGGGUUCUCCCCCCCCCAUUUUGCUGUACUUUUGACAGGAAGCGUCUGACUCCUCUUGUGAGUCACUUAGAUAAGCAACAAAGGAUGUCAUUUGCCUUUUCCUAAUGUACUGCAAGUUGCGCUAAAAAAAAUCAUUCAGGAACGCAGGAAAGUCCUAUGCACCUCUGAUAAAGCUUACCUACCUUUCCAUCCUUAUCCAGAAACCUUAACAGUGCUCAUUGUUGUGAGGAAAGUGAGCUGCAGAGCUCAGAGUUGUCAGCACAGCAUUGCAUGAUACCUAACUAUAACGAAAGGGAGCAAAGUAGGGCUUCAUUAACCUCAGCCAGCAUGAGGGCCAUGGGACUUGACAUGAGCAACUUCUAUAAGGCUGCAGCUUCCCAAUGCAGGUGUGAAAGGAUGCAGGUGCAUAUUGGCAAUAUCAUCAUCAUUCUUUAUUCGACCGUCAGUCAGAAAAGAGUACAAGAUUGAAACAUCUAGCACAUCUAAAAUAAAACACGGGCAGCACUAAUAAAAGCUAUACAGAUAAACCCACAUCAAUGCAGUCUAUUUUAAUCUUACGGCGCUUGAGAGCUAGGAAGAGAGAUUUGGCCACCAAGACAGCUGUUUCCCCAGUGGGAUUCUUCAACAAAUUAGGCAACCUGACUUUUUCUGGAUAGAGAGCUGAGCUGAGAUAGGCAUGUUGGCAAUAUAGCACCUUUGUAGCUCCUCAUCUCUAUCUUGUUACAGUGCAGUUUGGUAGGCAAGCUUAUCAAGAGAGCCUCUGGCAACUUUUCAGCCUAUUCCGUAGGGCUACGCCUAACAACACUGUCCCGUUUGCACCACAGCUUCUGCUUGGGCCAUAGAACUUCUCCCCUCCCAAGUUUGUUCUGGGUUUCCCCCCACCCUGUGGAACGGUUGGGGUGAAGUGCUGUCGUGCAGGAACAAACAGGACAUUUGUCAUACGGUUCAACACUGGCAUGUAUGUUGUUCUAGCUCUGUUGACCUCAAAUGUUCCUUAGAAUCUGUACAAGUUAGCUGGGUGGUCAGUGAGAGUGAGAUUCACUUUUCUUUAGAGAUAAGAGGCUUAGGCUGCAAUCUUAUCUCCUCUUAGCUGGCUACGAGUCUUAUUGAACUCAAAAUACUUUUGAAGAGGUAUACCGGUACAUGGAGCCAUCACUAUUGGCCAGUCGCCAAUAUUAAGAGCCUACCAAGAGCUGUAAACCUGUCUUCUUUCACCCUGCCAAGUGAAGGAGGAGAAUUUAACCAUACUUCCUUGAGGCCAGAUAUGAAUGUUACAGGUCCUAUUGCUCUGUUAGGGGCAUAAUGUUGCCACCUGUGGAGUUUGUUUAAGACAAGCCCUGCAUAGCCCAUGGCAUGUCCCCAAGUCUUCCUCCUAGUCCUCAAAGGUGUUCUUAAUUUUGGUGUAGAAACAUCCUACUGACAGAGGUAAAAUUGAAAUGGAAGCAUAGCCCUUGACUGAUUUCCACACAUUUGAAGCUAGGAAAAGAGAGCUAGGAAUACUCCCUUGGAAUAAUUACAGGCGACUUCCUCUUUCCAAGUUGUGUUCUCUGUGAACCUUUUAUUAUUAUUAUUAAGUUUUUUUAUUUUAUUAUUCUCAACAAAAUCAUAAUAAUAAUAAAUAAGAAUAAAAAUGUGCACCCCGCCCCCCCAGACCAUUCCAUUGUAACUAUCCAACCUCCCAAAAUUUCAACACCUCUUGCAAUGGUUUGAUCCCUUUUGUGAACCUUACUUUCAGCGCUUCCCAUGUGGGCAGGACAAUGUGCAAGGGAGCAUGAAAUCCCUAAGGUCAAAAGCAAGAGGAAUUCCAAGCUCCGCAAAGCAAAUAACUCCUAGAUCUGACCCAAUUAGAAAAACUGGGGGAGCAGGAGUUAUAUUCGCGUCACUGCUUAGUACAGGGCAACACAGAGAACCUGUUGGUGAACACUUCUUAGCCAAGAGUCACUUGUGUUAGCCAUGGUUUAUUGAAAGGGGGGUCUUCCUCAAAACCUUUCAUAUCCAAAGCAUGAUUGGGAAGCUGUAUUAUGUUGAGUCGGACGAUUGCUUCAUCUUGGUCCAUCUAGCUCAGUACUGGCAUCAGCUCUGCAGGGUUUCCGACAAGGGUCUCCUUCCCAGCCCUACCUGGCGAUGUUGGGAUUGACGAACCAGAUACUACGCCACUCAGCCAUGGCUCUUCCCCAACCAUGGUUCUCUUAGCCCUGGGGUCUCCAGCUGCUUUUGGACUACAACUCCUAUCCCUAGUUAUAAGGACCAGUGGUCAGGGAUGGGUGGGAAUUGUGGUCCAAAAACAACUGGAGACCCAACUUUCAGAAACUCUGUCUUUACCAUACCCUGCAAUGUGAGACCUAUUCCUUUUCUUUUUAAAUCUUUCCUCCUCGAUAUGCUUGCUCUUCUCCUUGUUAUUUUUCUGCUGCUCCUCUCUCAAGAAUGUGCAAGCCCAAAAGAAAAUGGCGUGAAAUACUGUGAAUGACUUUAGAGCAAGGCCUAAUCCAGCUGAGGGCCUCAAUGUAUCUGCUGAAGGCCAAUGCUCUAUAAAGUGCUAAAAAGCUUAGAUUUAGAGAAGGGAAUUUUGGGCGGGGGGCGGUGGUGUGGUGGGAGCGACCUUUAAGCAAGGGAUAUAAAACAACACAAUUGAUAAUAAAGAACCUCCCACAAGCUGAUAGCCAUGGGGGGUAUUUUACCCUUUUUAUUGGGGACAGAGGUGCAAUAGGGCUGGCUGGUCUUUUAAUGAAAUACCUACCUAGAUAACAGCAUUUUUAAACCAAUGUUAUGCUGGAGAAGCCUGUAAAACUGGUUCAUCGCUUCUAUACCUUGGAGGUAUACUGAAUGUUUCGCUGCCUGUUUGGCAAGGACACUCAAAUUGAAUGUGAAACCUACCGGAGCUGUUUAUGCACAACAAUUCAAAGCAAUGACAACUAUCUCUCUCUUUUUUUGUACAGUAUUCUGUAACUGUUGUACAUAAAGGCAGAAUGAAUAAAUCUUUUUUUAAAAUAAUAAUAAUAAUACUGCAGUUUCAUCAAAAA